AAAAUGAAUAAUGCUGAGUUCACACUUCAAUGCAAAGUGCCAACCAUUCCCAAGCUUUAGCUGAGUCCAGUCCACAAAGCGUUUGUCCAGCUUCACGAGCGCGGCCGGUGAUAAUACAGAAACACGAUCUGCGUGAAGUGACGCAUGUGUAAACCACACCCUGAACAAGCACAGCGCUGCUACUACACACCCAACAGAGACUCAACACCUGACGCUUCAUCCGCAGCAGUCCCGAUGGCGGAGGAGGCAGACUUCAUGCGCUCGGUGCUGCCCGUUCACGGCGCUUUUCGCUCGGAAGACUCUUCUUUAGCUUUACCGCAGGAGGACAAACUCGCUCUCGCGGACACACACCGGCUUUACCGACUACAGCAACAAGUGCAGCUCACUCUCUCACGGAAAAGAAAGAAACCAAAACCGCCAGAGUCAUCUCUCUCAGACAGUCUGUCCAGCUGUCAUAUUUCAAGUAGUUCAUCGUUAGGAAGUCUGCACCUGAAGCGGACGUUCUCCAUCAAUCAUGAAGCCACAAGGUUGUCACGGAUGGUUGAUCGAUCUCAGUGGUCAAGUACCGAGCCACCUCGAUUUCACAGAGGCUAUGGAAGCUUUCGUUACACCUCUAAAAGGCCGGCUUUAUGCUGGGGGUCCAAUUCUCUCACUCUCCCCUCGGCCUCUACAGUCAACCGUUUUCAUAUGAACAAACACACUUUACGUUACACCCACUCUGAGGUUCUGCGAAACCCGAGGUUCGCAGGCCUGUCGGCCAUCACACAGCCCUCCAGUAUGCCUGUGUAUGAGAACAAUGACAUUGAUGAUACAGAUGAUGUUUUCUUACCCAACACCCCACACAAUGCUCCUGCAGAGAGAAACAGGAUGGAGUCAGAGAAGCACACCCUUCAGAGGACCCUCUGCAAGCCGAGAGAGGGGGGUUUUGGUGCUCAAGAACAAUCAGAGAACGUGUCCUGGCAGAGCCGCAUACGGAAGCCGAGCCUGGAGUUUGUUGCAGGAAGAAGACCCUCCCAGCCUGGCUCACUGAUCAGCAUUGAGGAGCACUCAGGGAGUUUGAGGAGGAUAGAAAAGCUGGAAGUCAAACCACAUGCAAUGACAGCGUCGGCAAAGAAGGGGAGACAAGCUGAACUAGGUCCAGAGAUGACACUAAAAGAGGCUGUAAAUCUGCUUGCACAAGAUAACACGGAAGCACAAAUCACCGCGGCUAACUUUCUACAGAACCAGUGCUUUAACAGUCCAGAUGCCAAGAAAAAGGUACUUUAUCUUCAAGGCAUCCCAAAGCUGCUGAAGCUCAUGCAGAGUGAGAGUGAGGAGCUCCAACGGGCUGCUGUCAGCGCACUCCGAAAUAUUGUUUUCGAAAACAAUGAGAACAAAAUGGAAGUCAAAGACUGUGAGGGGCUUCCAGUGAUCCUGAGACUGCUCAAGAAGAACCGAGACAUCGAGACCCGACGGCAGCUCACUGGGCUGCUGUGGAAUCUGUCUUCUCAUGACCUCUUGAAAGAGCAGCUCGCUAGAGAUGCGGCCAAACCUCUCACAGAUAGUGUGCUGGUGCCCUGCUCAGGCAUUUCUGAAGGGGAAGACCCCAAGUUGGAGCUCCUUGCUGACCCUGACAUUUUCUACAACGCUACUGGCUGCCUGAGAAAUUUGAGUUCAGCUGGUCCAGAUGGACGUAAAGCCAUGCGAGACUGUGAGGGUCUCAUUGAGUGCAUCAUCUAUUAUAUCCGUGGUACCAUUGCAGACUACAAACCUGAUGAUAAGGCCACAGAAAACUGUGUGUGCAUCCUGCACAAUCUUUCUUAUCGAUUUGAUUGUGAGUUGCCUCGUGUGGAUUCCCCGGUGGUACAACAGCCCAAACAAAAUCACCAAGCAGAAACUAGCAACCCUGGCUGUUUCAUCCUCAACAAUCCCAAAAACUCUGAGGAGGCUCAGGAAGCGGAUGAAGACUAUCCCUUACUUGAGGAGAACGGCAGCCCUCAGGGUGUAGAGUGGCUCUGGAGCGCCAUCACCGUCCGCAUGUAUCUCUCUCUCAUUGCUGUCAGCACAAACCAGCACACAAAGAAGGCAUCCAUUGGAGCGCUGCAGAACCUCACAGCUUGUUCUGGAGAGACAUCCCAAGCCAUCGCACACUUCAUUGUGCAAAAAGAGGGAGGACUAUCUCAUGUGAAGAAGAUGCUACAAGAAGGAGAGAAGGAAGAGAUCAGAAUAUCUGUGUCACUGCUAAAAAACAUCUCUCAUUACCGGGAACUGCAUGCAGAUAUUGUUAAACAGGUGUUACCGGAGCUGGUUGCCAUCCUGCCAAACUCUGACCGAAGCGUUGAGCAGCCUAUAGAGGUGACAGUGACGAUCUGUCACAUUCUCAUCAAUCUGAGCCAUGCAUCUGUAUCGAACACCUGUGCCAUUACAAACCAAGGAGCGUUACCCAAGAUCAUCAGCAUCAGCACUAAAGACAACGGGUUUGGACCCACACGUGCGGGCCAGGCGGCUUGUAUUUUACUUCAUACCCUGUGGAGGCAUUCAGAGCUGCAUAGCAGUUUUAAAAAGGCUGGUUACAGGAAAACCGACUUCAUAAACAACAGGACAGUGAAGGUUGUGAAUUCAGUUCGUGAUUGAUGGGAUCCAGAAAUCUACUGCAAUGAACAAGGCUUUUCACCUGCUUUUUUAGGAAAUAUUAAAAAAUGGUGCUAAUAACACGGCUUUUGUGCGUGUUUGUAUAUGUGCUUUGUCUUAGUUUAAUACUUAAUAGUUUUCUAUGUGUACUAAUUAAAUGAUAAUAGUAAUGUAUGUCAAUUGUUAUUUAUUUUUUUUACUGACCUUUUUAAGAUUUUUACUGCCUUUGGUCUGUUUACAUGGCAAUAUUAAAAGCAUUUUCAUCAACAAA